GUGUGGCGAGAAUGGAGCAAAAAGAAGACGAUUUCAGCAAAGAGACUGAGAAUGAAGCUUCAAUGAAUCAGAAAUCAAGUAAAGCGCAAAAAACGUCAAGUAAAAAGUCUAAAUCUAAAACCGAGAGUAACACGACACCGGACGAAGGAGCACAGGCUCGAUUUAGCCGAAUCAAACUCUUCGAAAAAGUGAUGAAGAAAAGUUUAGAGAAUUUUAUUGAGCUUGCCAGUUUCAACAGAUUCACCAGCACCUUUCGGCCUCUUUACAAGAGAAACCCACAGCGUAUGGAAAACAUUUAUAAGCAGUUUAUAGAAGAACUGCAGAGAGCUAUUCAGAAUGACAUUACCAGAUUAUUAGAAGAAGGACGCUUGGAGAGUAAACUCAAUGAACUGGAUAAACUAGAGGAUGCUGCCAAGGAUAAAACGGAUCCUGCAUGGCGUCCCUCUGGAGUACCUGAACAGGACCUUUGCAGUUUUCUAAUGCCAUACUAUCAAAAACAGGAGGCCUACAUGCGACUAGAGCUUAAAAAAAUCCAAGCUGAAAAUGCUUCCCUCGCAGAAAAAGUACUGGCAGGGAGAGAGCUGCUUUCUCAGACUGAGCACCGCAUUUCAGCAACUGUGGAAGACUGGAAGGUAUCUGUGACAGAAUUUGAAAAACUGGCAUCUGCCCUCAGUACCAAUGUUGUUGAUGUGUGAAGUGCAAUCCAUCCAUCACCUAUUGUCGUGUAUUUGUUUUAAAUAAAUCUGGCUUUGUUUAUUUUACUUUUGCUUUCAUGCUAAUAAAUAAUCCUC